GUUUUAAUUUGAAGUGUUAAAUGCUUGUCAAAUUUACAACAAUACCAUCAUUAUUCAUUCCCGAGUCUUCCGUAUAAGAAAGGGGAUAAUUUGAAAAACCGCAACAGAUUAUGGGGACUCACGGCACCGAAUGGCAGUCCGUCUCUCCACUUCCAGAAUUAGGUCAAAUGGUUUGUGGAACUUGUAGAACUUUGGUUUCUUAUCCUAGAGGAGCCCCUCGUGUUAGAUGUGUAUCCUGUAAAACAAUCAAUCUUGUUUUAGAAGAUCAUCAAAUUGGAAAUGUAAACUGUGCAAAUUGUGAAGUAUUGCUUAUGUACCCAUAUGGAGCUCCAAAAGUAAAAUGUUCAUGUUGCCAUUCAAUAACUGAUGUUGGGGAGCACAACCAACGCCCUCGCCUUGCUGAUCAACAGGGCCCACCUCCACACGCUGUAAUUUAGAAACAUUUUGAACAAUGUAUGACUGUAUGAGCUGGGUGAUCGUGACUAUAUGCUUGGCUUCAACCUUUGUUUUAGGAGUCUCAUUUGAAUUUCUGCACAAGCUUUACAGAGUUGCAUGUUUAUGUAUAGAACCAGUUGGAAUUGUCUCAAUGAAGAACUCAGUAAGACUACGGUCCUGUUUGGAAUUGCUAGGUGAUUCUUUUAUGGGUAUACAUUUUUUUUGAAGCGAUA